CAGCGUCGAACGACGGCGGUAUAAGCCGCAGGGGCUUGUCACAUCCGUGUAUUCGGUGCUUCUGACAAUGUUCUUCUCACAAGAUAAUGUGACGCCGCAUUUGAGCCGAAAUCGUAGCGUCUCGUCGGCUCGACCGAUGUCGUCACUAUCAUCCGGCUCUGCCGACAGCGGAGUAUUUACGAUGUCGUCACAUCUGCCACCACCGUCGUCAGCAGUGCCACCGCCACCGCCUUCACUGUCGUCAUCGACGUCGCGACCGCCAAGCCCUGGCUUACAGAUUACUCAUCUACUUCAUCAAACGGCCAAUUUACUAGCGGUAAAUGCACAGCUUAGAAAGGAAAUUGAACAAGUUCGUUCUGGUGUCAACGCCAACACUUUGACAUCGUCGGUCAGCGCUUCGACAAUCAGCGGCUCGACGAUAGCACCUUCACAAGCACCUUCACUAGCUGCAGCCGUACCGCCGCCACCACCUCCACCAUCACUGCCGUCACAAUUUCCUCCUCUUGUAUCAAUUAGGGGUAAUUCGUUACCAUUGGAUUACGACAUGCCAUCAUACGGUCACGACAACAAUCAUCAUUAUAAUAAUAAUCAGCAUAUGCGGCAUAAUGGUCGCUCAGCGACUGGUAAAAAAGCUGCGAAUCCAGACUCGUACAAAACCGUGAUGUGCCAGGCUUGGCUUGAAUCUAAAAUGUGUGCAUUUGGUGAAAAUUGCCGAUUUGCACAUGGAGAAGCAGAACUUCGACCUGUGAGAUCAGUACCGUGCCAAAUAAACAAGUACAAAACGAAACUCUGCGACAAAUAUACCACAACAGGCUUGUGUCCAUAUGGAGAUCGUUGCCUGUUCAUUCACCCAGACCAUGGAACCAACGCUUAUAUCAGACCGGAUAAAUUGGUCGAGGUCUCGCGUCGUCAUGCAUUAGCUGACAUGCAAUUCCUAGCUUCCAUGGAAGCAGCUCGUGCUGUGACUCCACCGAACCUCGCCCCAUUACCCGGACAGCUGCCCGGUCUUCCCGGACAGCUACCCGGUCAAUUAGCCGGACAACUGCCUCAACUGCCUGGACAACUGCCGGGACAACCUCACCCAGCCUUUCCUCCUAUGGUCCCGCCACCUCCACCAGUAUUUUCAAUGCGCAACACAAUGAGCACGCCAUGCAGUCGAAAUCCGACCAAUAUGGGAACCGCUGCGGCCGUCGGAACAGCAGCGGCUGCGACCGCGGCAGCGACGGCGGCGGCAACGGCACAAACGCGUACUCAGCUCCGCCCACAUCCAAGUUGGCCUCUGGAACCUUCCACGUUCUUCAAAGAGAAGACUGAUGAGUUCCGUACACCAAGUCCGAUGGAAAGCUUGACAAGUGGCGGAAAAGGCUCGUGGGACGAGUUGUCCACUCCGGCGCGCAGCUCGCCUGGCUAUGGUUCCGCGUCCGGAUCAGGCGGCUCCACUCCAUCCGGCUCGUCGCCGUUCUCAACUGUAUCUUCUUCUUCGCUGCAUCUGAAUCUUACCGAUGAUGAUCGCGACUUCGAUCUAUUCAAUUUCACUGUUGGAUUCGAUCAUAUAGCUCAGGAUCUGGCUAAAACGCUCGAGCUGUGGUAAACUAAAUAUACUUUAGGGACUGCAGAUAGUCCCUCGUGUGAUUAACUGCCGGCUAUACAUAUAGUCAUUAUCAUUAAAUGACGUCGAUGAUAGUCUAGUAGUAUAAUAUUGUACUUUUGGUUUCUCGUGAAUAGUGAACUAACAAUUUUUCAUACGGUAUCUCUUUUUUUCUUGCCCCUAACUAACACACUGCAAACCUUCUGUAAUCAAAAACCCAAAGUAAAUUUAGCCUGUUUUCAGAAUAUACUUUUCCCCUACCUUUCAUCGACGGGUAAGCGUCUUUCAUUUCAACAUUGCUCCCGUUCAUUUUUGCUCAGUUGUGUCGAAAAAAUAUCUGUAAGAGUUCCUAUGCUCGAGUAUACUAAGGAAUCCCCUUUGAAGUCAUUUUGUAGAUGUAAUGAUAAGAAUUUUUUUCUACAGUUGAGUAAUUGAAUAAGCAUGUUGUGAUUUUAUGUGCGAUAUAACACUAAUAACUGUACAUUGUGAUAAAUGCUAAAUGCUAAAUAAUAACUAUUUAAUUAAGUAUAUUAAGCUUGUCUCAGUUGUAUGGUAGUAGCAUAGUAAAAUUUGUGAUCGCUAGAAAAAGCUCUAUGUACGAUCGUUUUGAGUUUCGCCUUCGAACAUCCGUUUCUCAUCUUGUCUACAUUGGUCGCUUAUAUUACCUUCAAGUUCAAAAAAUUCCACUUUGUAAAUUUAUUUGGUUUUUGUACGAGUUUCAUUGCUGAAUAAUUCUGAUUAUCUGUUUGGCUUUUGUACGUCCCGGUUUGUCAUACGCACACUGUGUAGGAUAGAAUUCUCUGUAAAUGGUAAUAAUGUUUGUGGCAAAUUGGGCAGUAAAUAAAGCAUAAUUUUCAAAAGAA